AUGCAGUUUGUAUCCUGGGCCACACUGCUAACGCUCCUGGUGCGGGACCUAGCCGAGAUGGGGAGCCCAGACGCCGCGGCGGCCGUGCGCAAGGACAGGCUGCACCCGAGGCAAGUGAAAUUAUUAGAGACCCUGAGCGAAUAUGAAAUCGCGUCUCCCAUCCGAGUGAACGCUCUCGGAGAACCCUUUCCCACGAACGUGCACUUCAAAAGAAGGCGACGGAGCAUUAACUCUGCCACUGACCCCUGGCCUGCCUUCGCCUCCUCUUCUUCCUCCUCUACCUCCUCCCAGGCGCAUUACCGCCUCUCCGCCUUCGGCCAGCAGUUUCUAUUUAAUCUCACCGCCCAUGCCGGAUUUAUCGCUCCACUGUUCACUGUCACCCUCCUCGGGGCGCCUGGGGUGAACCAGACCAAGUUUUAUUCCGAAGAGGAAGCGGAACUCAAGCACUGUUUCUACAAAGGCCAUGUCAAUACCAAGUCCGAGCACACGGCGGUCAUCAGCCUCUGCUCCGGAAUGCUGGGCACGUUCCGGUCCCAUGAUGGGGAUUAUUUUAUUGAACCACUACUUUCCGUGGAUGAACAAGAGGAUGAAGAGGAACAAAACAAACCCCAUAUUAUUUAUAGGCGCAGCACCCCCCAGAGAGAGCCCUCAACAGGAAGGCAUGCAUGUGACACCCCAGAACACAAAAAUGGUCACAGUGAAGAGAAGAGGAAAACCAGAACAAGAAAAUGGGGAGAAAGGAAUAACCUGGCUGAUGAUGUGGCGGUCUUAAACAGUGGCUUAGCAACAAAGGCGUAUUCUGCCUAUGGGAACAAGACGGACAGCACAAGGGAAAAGAGGACCCACAGAAGAACAAAACGUUUUUUAUCCUAUCCACGGUUUGUAGAAGUGAUGGUGGUGGCAGACAACAGAAUGGUUUUAUACCACGGAGCAAACCUUCAACACUAUAUUUUGACCCUAAUGUCAAUUGUAGCCUCUAUCUAUAAAGACCCAAGUAUUGGAAAUUUAAUUAAUAUUGUUAUUGUGAACUUAGUUGUGAUUCAUAAUGAACAGGAAGGACCUUCCAUAUCUUUUAAUGCCCAGACAACAUUAAAAAACUUUUGCCAGUGGCAGCACUCGAAGAACUAUCCAGGUGGAAUUCAGCAUGAUACUGCCGUUCUUGUAACAAGGCAGGAUAUCUGCAGAGCUCAUGACAAGUGUGAUACUUUAGGUCUUGCUGAACUGGGAACCAUUUGUGAUCCCUAUAGAAGCUGCUCUAUUAGUGAAGAUAGUGGAUUGAGUACGGCUUUUACAAUAGCGCAUGAGCUGGGCCAUGUGUUUAACAUGCCUCAUGAUGACAACAAUAAAUGUAAAGAAGAAGGAGUGAAGAAUCCCCAGCAUGUCAUGGCUCCCACAUUGAACUUCUACACCAACCCCUGGAUGUGGUCAAAGUGUAGUCGAAAAUACAUCACUGAGUUUUUAGACACUGGUUAUGGCGAGUGUUUGCUCAAUGAACCCGAAUCCAGACCCUACCCUCUGCCUCCCCAACUGCCAGGCCUCCUUUACAACGUGAAUAAACAAUGUGAAUUGAUUUUUGGACCAGGUUCUCAGGUGUGCCCAUAUAUGAUGCAGUGUAGACGGCUCUGGUGCAAUAACGUGGAUGGAGCACACAAAGGCUGCCGGACGCAGCACACACCCUGGGCCGACGGGACCGAGUGUGAGCCCGGAAAGCACUGCAAGUUUGGAUUUUGUGUUCCCAAAGAAAUGGAGGUCCCCGUGACUGAUGGAUCCUGGGGAAGUUGGAGUCACUUUGGAACCUGCUCAAGAACAUGUGGAGGGGGCAUCAAAACAGCCAUCCGAGAGUGCAACCGGCCAGAGCCAAAAAACGGUGGAAAAUACUGUGUAGGGCGGAGAAUGAAAUUUAAGUCCUGCAACACAGAGCCAUGUCUCAAGCAGAAGCGAGACUUCCGAGAUGAACAGUGUGCUCACUUUGACGGGAAGCAUUUUAACAUCAACGGUCUGCUUCCAAAUGUGCGCUGGGUCCCUAAGUACAGUGGAAUUUUGAUGAAGGACCGGUGCAAGCUGUUCUGCAGAGUGGCAGGGAACACAGCCUACUAUCAGCUCCGAGACAGAGUGGUAGAUGGAACUCCUUGUGGCCAGGACACGAACGAUAUCUGUGUCCAAGGCCUUUGCCGGCAAGCUGGAUGCGAUCAUGUUUUAAACUCAAAAGCCCGGAGAGAUAAAUGUGGGGUUUGUGGUGGCGAUAAUUCUUCAUGCAAAACAGUGGCAGGAACAUUUAAUACAGUACAUUAUGGUUACAAUACUGUGGUCCGAAUUCCAGCUGGUGCUACCAAUAUUGAUGUGCGGCAGCACAGUUUCUCAGGGAAAUCAGAGGAUGAUAACUACUUAGCUUUAUCAAGUAGUAAAGGUGAAUUCUUGCUAAAUGGAGACUUUGUUGUCACAAUGUCCAAAAGGGAAAUACGUGUUGGGAAUGCUGUGAUAGAAUACAGCGGAUCCGACAAUGUAGUGGAAAGAAUUAACUCCACAGAUCGCAUUGAUCAAGAACUUUUGCUUCAGGUUUUGUCAGUGGGAAAGUUGUACAACCCUGAUGUGCGCUAUUCUUUCAAUAUUCCAAUUGAAGAUAAACCUCAGCAGUUUUACUGGAACACUCAUGGGCCCUGGCAAGCGUGCAGCAAACCCUGCCAAGGGGAGAGGAAACGAAAACCUGUUUGCACCAGGGAAUCUGAUCAGCUUACUGUUUCUGAUCAAAGAUGCGAUCGACUGCCCCAGCCAGGACCCAUCACUGAACCUUGCGGCACAGAUUGUGACCUGAGGUGGCAUGUUGCCAGCAGGAGUGAAUGUAGUGCCCAGUGUGGUUUGGGUUACCGCACGUUAGACAUCUACUGUGCCAAAUAUAGCAGGCUAGAUGGGAAAACUGAGAAGGUUGAUGACAGUUUUUGCAGCAGUCACCCCAAACCAAGCAACCGGGAAAAAUGCUCAGGAGAAUGUAAUACGGGAGGCUGGCGCUAUUCUGCUUGGACCGAAUGUUCUAAAAGCUGUGAUGGUGGAACUCAGAGGAGAAGGGCUAUUUGUGUCAACACCCGAAAUGAUGUACUGGAUGACAGCAAGUGCACGCAUCAGGAGAAAGUCACCAUUCAGAGGUGCAGUGAGUUCCCUUGUCCACAGUGGAAAUCGGGAGACUGGUCAGAGUGCUUGGUCACCUGUGGAAAAGGGCAUAAGCACCGCCAGGUCUGGUGUCAGUUUGGCGAAGAUCGAUUAAACGAUAGAAUGUGUGACCCUGAGACCAAGCCAGCCUCCAUGCAGACUUGUCAGCAGCCGGAAUGUGCGUCCUGGCAGGCGGGUCCCUGGGGACAGUGCAGUGUCACUUGUGGACAGGGAUACCAGCUAAGAGCAGUGAAAUGCAUCAUUGGGACUUAUAUGUCAGUGGUAGAUGACAAUGACUGUAAUGCAGCAACUAGACCAACUGAUUCCCAGGACUGUGAAUUACCAUCUUGUCACCCGCCCCCAGCUGCCCCAGAAGCAAGGAGAAGCACACAUGGUGCACCACGAACCCAGUGGCGAUUUGGGUCUUGGACUCCAUGCUCCGCUACUUGUGGGAAAGGUACCCGGAUGAGAUAUGUCAGCUGCCGGGACGAGGAUGGUUCUGUGGCUGACGAGAGUGCCUGUGCAACCCUGCCUAGACCAGUGGCAAAGGAGGAAUGUUCUGUGACACCUUGUGGGCAGUGGAAGGCUUUGGACUGGAGCUCUUGCUCCGUGACGUGUGGGCAAGGUAGGGCAACCCGGCAAGUGGUAUGUGUCAACUACAGUGACCACGUGAUCGAUCAGAGCGAAUGCGACCCGGAUUAUGUCCCCGAGACUGACCAGGACUGUUCCAUGUCCCCAUGCCCUCAACGGACCCCAGACAGUGGCUUAGCUCAGCACCCUUUCCAAAACGAGGACUAUCGCCCCCGGAGCGCCAGCCCCAGCCGCACCCAUGUGCUCGGUGGAAACCAGUGGAGAACUGGCCCUUGGGGAGCAUGUUCCAGUACCUGUGCUGGCGGGUCCCAGCGGCGUGUUGUGGUGUGUCAGGAUGAAAAUGGAUACACUGCAAACGACUGUGUGGAGAGGAUAAAACCCGAUGAGCAAAGAGCCUGUGAAUCUGGCCCUUGUCCUCAGUGGGCGUAUGGCAGCUGGGGAGAGUGUACUAAGCUGUGUGGUGGAGGCAUGCGAACAAGACUGGUGGUCUGUCAGCGGUCCAACGGUGAACGUUUUCCAGAUCUGAGCUGUGAAAUUCUUGACAAACCUCCUGAUCGUGAGCAGUGUAACACACAUGCUUGUCCGCAAGAUGCUGCCUGGAGUACUGGCCCUUGGAGCUCGUGUUCUGUCUCUUGUGGUCGAGGGCAUAAACAACGAAAUGUUUACUGCAUGGCAAAAGAUGGAAGCCAUUUAGAAAGUGAUUACUGUAAACACCUUGCUAAGCCACAUGGGCACAGAAAGUGCCGAGGAGGAAGAUGCCCCAAAUGGAAGGCUGGCGCUUGGAGUCAGUGCUCUGUGUCCUGUGGCCGAGGCAUUCAGCAGAGGCAUGUGGGCUGUCAGAUCGGAACACACAAAAUAGCCAGAGAGACCGAAUGCAACCCGUACACCAGACCGGAGUCGGAACGUGCCUGCCGAGCCCCACCGUGUCCUCUCUACACUUGGAGGGCAGAGGAAUGGCAAGCAUGCACCAAGACCUGCGGCGAAGGCUCCAGGUACCGCAAGGUGGCGUGCGUGGAUGAGGGCAAAGGCCAGGUUCACAGCGCGCACUGCGACAUGGACACACGGCCUGCGGACCGGGAGAGCUGUAGUUUGCAGCCCUGCGAGUAUGUCUGGAUCACUGGAGAAUGGUCGGAGUGCUCAGUGACCUGUGGCAAGGGCUACAAACAAAGGCUCGUCUCGUGCAGCGAGAUCUACACCGGGAAGGAGAGCUACGAGUACAGCUACCAGACCGCCGUCAACUGCCCGGGCUCGCAGCCCCCCAGCGUCCACCCCUGCUACCUGAGGGAGUGCCCUGUCUUGGCCACCUGGAGAGUGGGCAACUGGGGCAGCUGCUCCGUGUCUUGUGGGGUUGGAGUGAUGCACAGGUCUGUGCAGUGUUUAACCAAUGAGGACCAGCCCAGCCACUUAUGUCCCACUGAUUUGAAGCCAGAAGAACGAAAAGCCUGCCAUAAUAGCUAUAGCUGUGAGUUACCCCAGAACUGCAAGGAGGUGAAAAGACUCAAAGGUGCCCAUGAAGAUGGUGAAUAUUUCCUGGUCAUCAGAGGAAAGCUCCUAAAGAUAUUCUGUGCAGGGAUGCAGUCUGACCGCCCCAAAGAAUAUGUGACGCUGGUUCAUGGUGACUCUGAGAAUUUCUCUGAGGUUUAUGGGCACAGGUUGCACAACCCAACAGAAUGUCCCUACAACGGGAGCCGACACGAUGACUGCCAGUGUCGGAAGGAUUACACAGCAGCUGGGUUUUCCAGCUUCCAGAAAAUCAGAAUAGACCUGACCAGCAUGCAGAUAAUCACCACUGACUUACAGUUUGCAAGGACAAGUGAAGGACAUCCCGUCCCUUUUGCCACAGCUGGGGAUUGCUACAGUGCCGCCAAGUGCCCACAGGGUCGUUUUAGCAUCAACCUUUAUGGAACGGGCCUGUCUGUAACUGAAUCUGCCAGAUGGAUAUCACAAGGGAAUUACGCUGUCUCUGACAUUAAGAAGUCACCAGAUGGUACCCGAGUCAUAGGAAAAUGCGGUGGUUACUGUGGAAAAUGUACUCCAUCCUCUGGUACUGGCCUGGAGGUUCGAGUUUUAUAGCAAAGGUGCUCUGAAGAGGAAGCCAUUUAGGGGAUGGAUGAAGGAUCGUAAUGCAAUACCUCCACCUUCAAUUUGGGUGCAUGUGUGUAUGAGGACUUGUAUGCUUGUGUGUGUGUGUGUGUGUGUGUGUGUGUGUGUGUGUGUGUGUGUGUGUACAUAUGCAUAUAAAUAUACAUAUAUACACAUACAUAUAUGUGCAUAUAUAUGUGUAUAUAUGUGGAAUAUCCUAAUGAUGUAAAGUUUAAUAUUUAUGUUUGAAAUUAUUUAUUGUGAUGUAAUAUUUUUGUACGUAAAAUGAUUCUAU